GCCGGCGAGGUAGGCCAACCUGAACGACAUCAUCGCGUCGUCUCUCAACGGCGCCCCCACGUUUGCGGCCGGCGUCGAGUUCUACGAGGCCCGCUUCAAGAAAGACAAGGGGUCGCAGGAGGCGGCCAAGCGGAUGCAGGACGGCCGAUGGACGCGCAAGCAGCAGCAGGGCGAUGUCGCGCCGGCGCGCCAGCGGCUCGUCCCUGCUCGUCUCGCUCAAGCCAGACCAUAGCCUCGACAAGGUCGUCCACCUGUGCAAGAUGGACUCGUGGGGCGCCGUCUCCGCCGCCCCGCUCCGCGUGCCCGGCAACGCCUCUGCGCCCGCCGCGUCGCUGCUUCUCGCGCCCGAGUGGCUCUUCUCUCACUUUCCGUACGGCAUCUUCUUCCCGGCGUACCGCGUCUGCCACGCCGCCUCGUGGGGGUGGGAGGGUCUCUCCCCACUCGAGCAGCGGCUGUGCAUGCCUGGGUUCCGCGUGCCGACGGUGAUGGUGCACAUGGCGGGGCUGCGGAACGGGCAGUGGGGGCGGCGCGGCGUGAUGCGCGCGUUUGGCGUGUGGCAUGAGGAGGCGGACAAGGUGGCGCCCGAGACGUGGGUGUCGCCGCGGACAGAGCGACUGGUGGCGGCCGGGCCAGACAUGCUGCGGGCGGGCCUCGCCUCAAUGUCCGACUUCGACGCGUUUGCAGCGCGGCUGCUGCUGCUCGGCCUGCUUCUCGGCCGGCGCGUCGUCAUGCCGCCGCUGCCAAAGGAUGCGCGCUGGGCGGAGCGAGCUAUCGAGCCGCGUCACCUGAGGGCGAUCGAGGUCGGGUGCGGGCCGGACAAGCAGCGCGUCUGGCUCCCCAUGCCGCACUUCAAGGAGCCGUGGUGCAGCGGGGUCGACUUUCUGUACGAGAUCGACUACCGCGCCGUCGCCCCCUCCAUCCCGCCCGCGGACGUGUCCCACAUCGCCGCCGCCUCGCUCCGCGUGGCGCCCGAGUCGGCCGCCGGGGCGCUCAUCACCAUGUCGGACGGGGCGAGAAGACACACGCCUUCGCCCCCCCGACCGCCCGAGUUGCCUGCCGCGUCUCUUCACAGCACGCCCGCUGUGAACAGGCGACCCCACCCGCCUCGCGCGUGCUCGUCCUCAACGCGGCGGGCGGCGGCGGCGGCGGCGGCUCGCCGCUCGGCUGGCUCCCGAUCGACGACUGGAAGCGGAACGAGUGGAAGGGUCCGUUUGCACGCCGCGUGCGGCCGGCGCUCGAGGCGGCGGGGCUCGAGAACCUCAGGAUCGUGCGCGACUGCAUGCACUCCCUCGCGACGAGCAGGGACUAGACUUGCUCGACGGGCGCGCGCCGGAGCAACACGCCAAGAUCACCGCAGUGCAGCACGACGGGGGGAGUUCGGCACAUGUCUCACAUGCGUCUGCAGGGGUUUGUUGCUAGCUUUUUAUGCGGUUCUGACGGU